AUGGAACAUGAAGGUCGAGUGCUGCGGCCGCGGCCGAGAAAGCCCUUCGAGCUUCCCUCUGCGGACUCCACGGCUCCUCCCACCCCCAUUCCUGAAGAUGCAAACAAGGAAAUGUUCCCAGGCAAUAUUAACGGCAACGGAAACGGCAGCUUGAGUGCAAUAGACAAGGAGGGACUUGCGGCUUCGAGCCGAACAAAGUCAGAUAUCAACUUGACCUCCUCGACACUGCUGGGGAUCUACUCCCCCACUGCGUUUGACGGCAGCCGGGAAGAUAGAGAUAUCCCUGGAACAACCCCAUGGGGAACGGGUGCACAGACUCCCAACCUACGAGAAUCAGGCAUAUUUGAAAACGGGAGUGGAGGAAAGGCAAGCUCGAGCAGCUACGGAAACGGGAACGGUGCUGUGAACAGGUUUUCCGAAGAGCAGAAGAAGCAGAAGCUUCACAAGCUAGAGCAAGACCGGCAACGACAGAAUGAAGUCCGUCGUAGGCAGCGUGGACUUGUUCGUGGCUAUCUGCUACCUGCCUUGCAACAGAGUGGAUUGCUGUUCUUGUUCGGUGUGACCUUUGGUGUCAUUAUUAUGCAUCUACACGAUAGCCCGCAGAUGGCGGCCCUGUUGCCGCUGCAUAUCCCUGUGCGAGUGGAAGCCAUCAACUUUGGCCUGGAGUGGUGGCAUUACUUGGUGUUUUGGGGAGUGGCCGGUGUUGCGCUAGGGAAUCUGCUGCCGUGGUUCGAUCUUAUGUGGGAAGACUUUAUGGGAGAGAAGCCCGUACAGAAAGGGAGCAGCGAAGCCGGUUGGAACCCAAUGGUACGCAGCAUUGGCGCCUUUGUCGGAGUGGCCUUUGCCAUUCGAAAACUACCAUGGCAAUCAUCAACUCAAGUCUGCCUGACUCUUGCACUCGUGAACCCGUUCCUCUGGUACCUUAUCGACCGCUCCAAGUCCGGCUUCGUCCUCUCUACCGCCAUCGGCCUGACAGGCAUGAUGGCCCUUCUGGAGAUGAACCCCGGCAUAGUCUUCUCCCCCAGCGAUGCCUCCGAUGCCUUAAACGAUACCGCAUUCGGCAUUGCCGGCCUGACCCUCUCACAGGGACAGCUCGCAGUCGGAACAUGGAUUGCCAGUGUUCUCUUCUGCAGCUGUGUUUGCUUCGGUAAUAUUGGGCGCAAACUUGCACCGUGA